CCCGGCCUCCUUCCUUCUGCCCCGGGUCGGACUUGCUGUGUGGCGCCGCUGGUUUACUUUUCUGCUUCUCGCCGAGGAGCUGCAACUAUCACACUUCCAAACAUGGACGGCGACAACAUCAUAAUGUCCGCUUGACUCGGAGGGGUUUUCCAAGAUGCCAGGUCUUUUGUCUUGUCCUGGGAGUCUGACAGUCAUCUGUUUUUUAUCUUGGUCACUGUGUCCCAGUGGUGCUCAGAGUUGGACCCAUGAAGUAUCAGACGUGCAGUACGGACGCUUGGACUCUAAUGUGACUCUGGCAUGUGGGAAGUCACAAAUUAACACACCCGCAGUAUGGCAUCUGAAUAACAGCUCAGCGUUGCCAUGGCACCAAGUAACAUCAAAUGGAUCCUUGGUCCUGCUGCACGUCACCCUUUCAGCCCAGGGCGACUACAGCUGCUAUGACAACCGCGGGCUCCUCCUCCACGCCGUCAAACUCCGGCUGGGCCAUCCUCCGGGGCUGCUGAGCAUUUCCUGUCGACUUCCUAAUCACACUUACAUUAGCUGCUCCUGGGCGGAAUCUGUAAAUACCUCACUUCCAGUCCAGUACAAUGCCUCCUUCAGGGGCACCGAUCAGGAGUGGCAGCCAUGCCUCAUGGACACUGUCCACCAGAACUGUUAUGUUGAUCACCCAGCCUUCUGGCAGACCAUUCACACCCUCAGAAUUACCGCCACCAACGCCCUCGGGUCUGAGACGACGUUUGCCCGGUUUAAGUUAGACAAGCUCUUGAAACCUGACCCUCCAGAGUCUGUGUUGGUGAAGGAGGUAGAAGGCCACCCCAAAAAGCUGAAUAUCUCAUGGAACUUUCCUUUCUCUUGGCAGAGAAAUGAUGCUUUUCCCUUAGUGUUUCACAUUAGAUACAGACCACAUGUAUCACUUUACUGGUCCGAGGUCUACACAGAAGAGAGUCAGAUCGUGAUUUUUGACGCGCUGGCUGGCCACCUUCAUCAGGUUCAACUCCGAGCCAGGGAUGAGGUGGACUCUGAGAGCCAGUGGAGUGAUUGGACUCAUCUGCUUUUUGCACGACCGUGGGAAGACUACGUCACAUCUGAACCUCCAGAGGAUAAUUUUUUGGACAACUUUUUUUUUACCAACACAGAGACGGAGACCUCCACUGCAAAGACUCACAGUCCGGCUCCGCAAGAUGACGGCAAUUUGGGUCUGGUGAUUCUGCUGGUUUUGUUUGCCGUGGUUAUCAUCGCCACCGUCCUUUCUCUCAUCUGUGUGGUUUGGGUGAGGCAGAGGCGGCGUGAACAUGUGACCAAACAGGAACUCACAUCAGUGGUCAAGAUGAAGUCCAUGCCAAUUUGAUGUUGAUGUCAGACAUCAUCUCCUCCUCAGCCCGUUCUAGGGCUGCUCUAUUAGGACAUCAUGCGGACUUCCCAUAUUCAAGUGCAGAAUCCCGUCAGGAUCCACGGAGGCACUAAAGGGCGUCGGGGGUCUGGCCCCAGUCAGAACAAUGUCAGGUAAGACCGGCAGUGGUCAUUUCCCAGCAUGCCGAGGGCCUCCAGUGGGAUAUGUUGGACUCAUUCUUUAGAAGACGAACUGCGACAGGAAGUCAAGUCCAAAAUACACUUUUGUUUUGGCGAGGAGUCGCGUGCUCACAUUAAGGCAAGGAGGCCUGAAGGAAGGCAGCUGAGAACUUCAAUCCGACAGACGUCAGAUUUGUUUGUUUUUUUUAAUUCCUCUUGUUUGUUCCUUCUGGUAAUACCUCUUCCUGACCAUGCAUCCACUGAAGACACCCACAGAAUGAAGCCUGCUCACGCCACACCCGCGUUAAAAGAAGACAUACCAAGCAAAACCUUGAGUGCUCACGUGUCCUAGCAGACAAAUGUUCUGUGUGAAAUGUAAAUUUCAAUGACAUUAUAUAUUUGUUUGAUGCACCUUUGGCUCCUUCACAGGUCACCUAAAAACAUUCAUGAAGUUUGCUCCUUUUAUGAAUUUAUUAUGGCUCUACUGAAAAUGUCACUGGGUCAAAAGUAUACAUACAGCUAUGUUAAUAUUUGCUGACAUGUCCUUUGGCAAGUUUCACUCACUUUUGGUAGCCAUCCACGAUUUAAUUUUUGACCACUCCUCUUGACAAAAUUGGUGCAGUUCAGCUAAAUGUGUUGCUUUUCUGACAUGGACUUGUUUCUUCAGCAUUGUCCACACGUUUAAGUCAGGACUUUAGGAAGGCCAUUCUAAUACCUUCAUUCUAGCCUGAUUUAGCCAUUCCUUUCAAUCAAUCAAUCAAUGUUUCAAAGGACUGUACAAACCAUUAAGACUACGACAUCCUCGGAAGAACCCACAAAAGGGCAAGGAAAACUCACACCCAGUGGGCAGGGAGAAUUCACAUCCAGUGGGACGCCAGUGACAAUGCUGACUAUGAGAAACCUUGGAGAGGACCUCAGAAGUGGGCAACCCCCCCCCACUCUAGGGGACCGAAAGCAAUGGAUGUCGAGCGGGUCUAACAUGGUACUGUGAAAGUUCAAUCCAUAGUGGCUCCAACACAGCCGCGAGAGUUCAGUUCAGAGUCCCGUCCACAGGAAACCAUCUCAACCUCCGGGCUGAUAAUUUUAGCUUGUCCUGAAGAAUUUGGAGGUAAUCCUCCUUUUUCAACGUCCCAUUUAAAGCCCCAGUUCCAUUUGCAGCAAAACAGUCCCAGACCAUAAUACUAGCACCACCAUGCUUGACGGUAGGUGUGGUGUUGCUGGGAUUAAAGGCCUCACCUUUUCUCUGCCAAACAUAUUGCUCCAUUUUUGUUUCAACAGACAGCAGAUUUGCUCCCAUUUUCUGUAGAUCCAUAAUAAAUUCAUAAAACAGGGGUCUUAGACAAACUUCAUGAAUGUUUUUUGUGCUCUAAUCACUCUAACACAGGGGUCACCAACGCGGUGCCCGCGGGCACCAGGUAGCCCGAAAGGACCGGAUGAGUCGCCCGCUGGCCUGUUCUAAAAAUAGCUCAAAUAGCAGCACUUACCAGUGAGCUGCCUCUAUUUUUUACAUUUUAUAUAUUUACUAGCAAGCUGGUCUCGCUUUGCUCGACAUUUUUAAUUCUAAGAGAGACAAAACUCAAAUAGAAUUUGAAAAUCCAAGAAAAUAUUUUAAAGACUUGGUCUUCACUUGUUUGAAUAAAUUCAUUUUUUUUUUUUGCUUUGCUUCUUAUAACUUUCCGAAAGACAAUUUGAGGGAAAAAAUACAACCUUAAAAAUGAUUUUAGGAUUUUUAAACACAUAUACCUUUUUACCUUUUAAAUUCCUUCCUCUUCUUUCCUGAAAAUUUUAAUCAAUGUUCAAGUAAAUUUAUUGUUUUUAUUGUAAAGAAUAAUAAAUACAUUUUAAUUUAAUUAUUAAUUUUAGCUUCUUUUUUUUUGACGAAAAAUAUUUGUGAAAUAUCUCUUUAAACUUAUUAUGAUUAAAAUUUAAAAAAAUUAUUCGGGCAAAUCUAGAAAAUCUUUAGAAUCAAAUUUAAAUCUUAUUUCAAAGUCUUUUGAAUUUCUUUCAUAACAUUUUUUUUGAAAAUCUAGAAGAAAUAAUGAUUUGUCUUUUAGAAAUAUAGCUUGGUCCAAUUUGUCGUAUAUUCUAACAAAAUGCAGAUUGGAUUUUAACCUAUUUAAAACAUGUCAUCAACAUUCUAAAAUUAAUCUUAAUCAGGAAAAAUCACUAAUGAUGUUCCAUAAAUUCAUUUUUUAAUUUUUUCCAAAAGAUUCAAAUUAGCUAGUUUUUCUCUUCUUUUUUCGGUUGAAUUUUGAAUUUUAAAGAGUCGAAAUUUAAGAUAAACUAUAAUUCAAAAUUAAAUUUUUCCUUUUUUCAUCCAUCCAUCCAUCUUCUUCCGCUUAUCCGAGGUCGGGUCGCGGGGGCAACAACCUAAGCAGGGAAACCCAGACUUCCCUUUCCCCAGCCACUUCGUCUAGCUCUUCCCGGGGGAUCCCGAGGCGUUCCCAGGCCAGCCGGGAGACAUAGUCUUCCCAACGUGUCCUGGGUCUUCCCCGUGGCCUCCUACCGGUUGGACGUGCCCUAAACACCUCCCUAGGGAGGCGGAGGAAACUCGUUUCAGCCGCUUGUACCCGUGAUCUUAUCCUUUCGGUCAUGACCCAAAGCUCAUGACCAUAGGUGAGGAUGGGAACGUAGAUCGGCCGGUAAAUUGAGAGCUUUGCCUUCCGGCUCAGCUCCUUCUUCACCACAACGGAUCGGUACAACGUCCGCAUUACCGACCUUUUCAAUAAAUAGUUUUUUUCAUCAUUUAUUCUCUACAAAAAACCUUCCGUAAAAGGAAAAAAAAUGUACGACGGAAUGACGGACACAAAUACCCAUUUAUAUAUACAUAUAUAAAAGGCAAACUGAGCAAAUUGGCUAUUUCUGGCAAUUUAUUUAAGUGUGUAUCAAACUGGUAGCCCUUCGCGUUAAUCAGUACCCAAGAAGUAGCUCUUGGUUUCAAAAAGGUUGGUGACCCCUCUGACAGUUGUAGAAAUUAUUGGAAACUCAAGACAGCCAUGACGUUAUGUUUCUUACAAGUGUAUGUAAACUUUUGACCACGACUGUAUUCGCAGGUCAAAUGUAGACAUUUGAGGUCCUCUCCAAGGUUCUCAUAGUCAUCAUUGUCACUAGCGUCCCACUGGGUGUGAGUUUUUCUUGCCCUUAUGUGGGUUCUUCUGAGGAUGUCGUAGUCGUAGUGCUUUGUGCAGACCUUUGAGACGUGUGAUUUAGGGCUAUAUAAAUACACAUUGAUUGAUUGAUUGAUUGAUUGAUUUGUUUUAAUCCAGCAGAUGGCAGCUGACUUGAUUAUGAAACACUUACAUCGUGUCAAUACAGCUAAUGAGUGUGCCAGGCACUCGUGACCUCGGACUAAGUAAUCCUUCAUCUUAGCUUUUCCUCUGCACCUCACAACAUUUCUAGAAACUGCGUUUAAACUGCUCCUCCUCGCCAGGAGAGGUUUUAGCAACAAGUCUGGUGGGCAGAGGCCCGGGCUGGCGUUUUGAGGGGGGGGGGGGGACCUUCUCGGUCAUGUGGUCAGGACGGGCGCUCUCUACUUAGAAAGUGGACAAAAAAACUUUUAGCGGGGUUAGUUCGCAGCCACCUUUUUUUUUUUUUUUACUCAUAUAUAUAUAUUUUUUUGACCUGGCUAAAUAGUUGUAAAUCCCUGCUAAAUGAGAAACGGCAGCAAGCGAGGUGAGAACUGUUCCACGGCAGCCGGGUCAGGUCCAGUUCUUUUGUGUGCACAGCCGUCUUUGCGGCCUGACGAGAUAGUCGGUUGCCAUGGUUACCUGACAAGUCAACUUGUAACUCACUCGGAACUGCCUUUGUAAAAGAACGACGUCUGGGGGCGGUUUGUGCUCAUGGAAAAGCCCCCAAAAUACCUCAAAUUUUAACGCAUUCGGGUUUCUUUCACUCUUCAUCUUCCGUGCGUGUCGUCCGCGGAGGACGUUUUUCUCCAAAGCUGUGCGGUCCGUAGAGAAAACGGACCUCCUGUGCAUAGAAGUCAAGCUGGUGUGUGAAGACUUGUUUUAUACAUCACAUCUACUUUAUGGACACAAACACACGUGUAUGUUGUUUUGUACAUAACCUUGUUGGGAUAGUAGAUGAACUCCAUAGUUUAUUGUCAUCGGAUGGAAUUCAUGGAAAAUGCAUCAAAUAUUGAACGUUUGUGAGGAAAUAUUGUAUCAUAAAUAAUGUGGGUUAUAAUCUCCAUGUAUGAGUUCCCAACAUUGUGUAUUUUUCGUUGCCUUCCCCAGUUAUAUGAAGCUCCUUUUUUUGGUUUAAAGGCCUACUGAAAUGAGAUUUUCUUAUUUAAACGGGGAUCAUUCUAUGUGUCAUACUUGAUCAUUUCUCGAUAUUGCCAUAUUUUUGCUGAAAGGAUGUAGUAGAGAACAUCGAUGAUAAAGUUCGCAAGUUUUGGUCGCUAAUAAAAAAGCCUUGCCUGUGCCGGAAGUAGCAGACGAUGUGCGCGUGAUGUCACGGGUUGUGGAGCUCCUCACAUCUGAACAUUGUUUAUAAUCAUAUCCACUAGCAGCAAGUGCAAUUCGGACCGAGAAAGCGACGUGUUCGCCAUUAAUUUGAGCGAGGAUGAAAGAUUUGUGGAUGAGGAAAGUUGGAGUGAAUCCAUCCAUCCAUCAUCUUCCGCUUAUUCAAGGUCGGGUCGCGGGGGCAGCAGCCUAAGCAGGGAAGCCCAGACUUCCCUCUCACCAGCCACUUCGUCCAGCUCUUCCCGGGGGAUCCCGAGGCGUUCCCAGGCCAGCCCAACGUGUCCUGGGUCUUCCCCGUGGCCUCCUACCGGUUGGACGUGCCCUAAACACCUCCCUAGGUAGGCGUUCAGGUGGCAUCCUGACCAGUUGCCCGAACCACCUCAUCUGGCUCCUCUCGAUGUGGAGGAGCAGCGGCUUUACUUUGAGUUCCUCCCGGAUGGCAGAGCUUCUCACCCUAUCUCUAAGGGAGAGCCCCGCCACCCGGCGGAGGAAACUCAUUUCGGCCGCUUGUACCCGUGAUCUUAUCCUUUCGGUCAUGACCCAAAGCUCAUGACCAUAGGUGAGGAUGGGAACGUAGAUCGACCGGUAAAUUGAGAGCUUUGCCUUCCGGCUCAGCUCCUUCUUCACCACAACGGAUCGGUACAACGUUCGCAUUACUGAAGACGCCGCACCGAUCCGCCUGUCGAUCUCACGAUCCACUUUUCCCUCACUCGUGAACAAGACUCCUAGGUACUUGAACUCCUCCACUUGGGGCAGGGUCUCCUCCCCAACCCGGAGAUGACACUCCACCCUUUUCCGGGCGAGAACCAUGGACUCGGACUUGGAGGUGCUGAUUCUCAUUCCGGUCGCUUCACACUCGGCUGCGAACCGAUCCAGUGAGAGCUGAAGAUCCCGGUCAGAUGAAGCCAUCAGGACCACAUCAUCUGCAAAAAGCAGAGACCCAAUCCCGCGGUCACCAAACCGGAACCCCUCAACGCCUUGACUGCGCCUAGAAAUUCUGUCCAUAAAAGUUAUGAACAGAAUCGCACAUAAUUUUUUUUUAUUAUUAUUUUUUUUUUUUAGUGCUUCAAGUUAGAGUGAAGCACUAAAAAAAGAAUUUAAAAAAGGCGACGGCAGUGGGAGCGAUUCAGAUGUUAUUAGACACAUUUACUAGGAUAAUUCUGGAAAAUCCCUUAUCUGCUUAUUGUGUUAAUAGUGUUUUAGUGGGAUUAUAAAGUCAUACCUGAAAGUCGGAGGGCAGCGGUGAACGUCUCUCAGGGAGUUCGCAUAAUCCACUCAAGUUUCCGGUAAGAGACGACUUAAUAUCACAAUUUUCCCAUCCGAAAACUUGCUGGUUGACGUAGAGAAACAUGUUCGCUUGACCGCUCUGUGUUAAAGCUUCACAACAAACUAAGAAACACCGGAUGUGUCUCGGUGCUAAAGGCAGCUGCAAUCCACCGCUUUCCACCAACAGCAUUCUUCUUUGACGUCUCCAUUAUUAAUUGAACAAAUCGCAAAAGAUUCAGCAACACAGAUGCCCAAAUUAGUGUGUAUUAACGCGAUGAAAAUAACGUCACAAACACGCGUCAUCAUUCCGCGACGUUUUCAAUAGGAAACUUUGCGGGAAAUUUAAAAUUGCAAUUUAGUAAAGUAAAGCGGCCGUAUUGGCAUGUGUUGCAAUGUUAAUAUUUCAUCAUUGAUAUAUAAACUAUCAGACUGCGUGGUCGCUAGUAGUGGCUUUCAGUAGGCCUUUAAAUACUCAAUCAGCUCACAAUACUCAUCUGUUGCAAUGUCCAAUGCAGAAAAGUCACUUUGUAGAACUAUGCGUUGGUAUUUUAUUUUUACUCUUUCAACACAUUUGACUCCAUUUUUUAUUGGCUUUUGGAAUAUUUGAUGUUGGACCGACCGGAUGAAAUUAAUAUGCUGCAUUUUAAUACCAUUCACAAUAAUAAAGUAAGGACAAUUUUUUGGGGGGGGGGAAACAUUACAAUUUUCUCUGGGCAAAGUGCAGUAUUAGAAGAUGUCCAUCAUUUCCUGUGAGCCUUUUUCCUGUGCAGUAUGUGAUGCCAGAAGGUGCCUGAUGUUUUUCUUUAUCUUUUAAAGCACGCAUCCAUCCUCAGAUGUACAUAAUUGUUUGUUUUUGUUUUUUUAAGCUUCACGUGUUUGUCAGAUAUCACAUAAGAUGCUCUUUCCUUAUUGUCUUUGUAAUGUUUCUGUAAAAUAAUAAAUACUAUUUUAUUAUCACACCAGCA